AUGAAAGGGUACCAUGUCAGCCGUAGCAUGUCUCAGCACUCCUCCGGUGGUGGCGGAGGAGGCCCCUGCCACUGCAUGCCUGAGGACUGCGACGGCCCGGGCAGAGAGUACUACCAGGGUCACAGCGAUGGCCAUUAUUACCCUCCAGGAGGUCCAGCUGAGGCUCUGGCGCUGGAGAGGCACCACUCACACUCCCACUCGCAUUCCCACAGCCACUCUGGAGGGGGCACCUUCCCUCGCUCCCACCCCAGCCAGCACCCACCUCUCCAGUCAUUUGACUCUUGCGAAGAGUGCCUAUCCUCGGGCCACGGAGGAAAGAUGCACCGGAUUCCCCCAAACCUGAUGGAUCAGUUUGAGAAGCAGGUGCCCUUCCACCCCGACGGCUUCCACACACUGCAGUACCAGCGCACAGCCAGCGGGGGUGCUGAGCAGCGCAGCGAGAGCCCAUCCCGCAUCCGUCACCUGGUCAACUCGGUGCAGCGCCUCUUCGCCAAGUCCCAUUCCCUGGAGGCACCGUCCAAACGGGAGUACAACGGCACAAGGGGAGGCGGGGACUACCGUGGUGAGAGAGGGGGAGGCCACAGGAGUGGAGGGGAGGAGGGCCAAUACUCAGGCCACCAGUCUCGCUCUACCAGGAGGAGCAAGUCUCGAGAGCGUAGCAAGAGUGGAGACUCUCGCCAUGAGUCGGGCAGACGCCAUCGCAGCAGGACGGCAGGCUGGUGGAGCUCUGAUGACAACCUGGACAGCGACAGCAGCUUCCUUGUCAGCGGGGGUCGACGGGGGUAUCCCAGUGGGCACGAGAGCCUGGAUGCUGCUAUUCAGGAGCUCACUAUGAAGAAGCCCAAGGAGCGAGGCGGAGGGCCAGGAUCUGGGGAGUGCGUGGCCUGUACCACAAUGGCUCUGGCUGGGAGUGAGGGAGGAGGACACCAUGGACAUCAUGGGCACCAUGGACACCAUGGUCAUUCCCUGAAGAGGAGCACCUGGUCAGCCAUGACAGUGAGUCAGGCCCGAGAGGUGUAUCCUUCCACCAGGGGAGGAGGAGGCUAUGACAAAGCCUUGGUGCCCAUCGAGAGCAAGAUGAAGGAGAGGACCUUCCACUACCUGCAGGUGUGUGUACGCCUGCAUAUCAACAAGUGUAUACUGUACUCGUGUAAGCAGUGCACAGAUUCCUACCCGACCAACAACCGGACGGCGCCCAAAACCCACACCCGCUCUCGUAGUUACACCCGCUCUCUGACCAGCUCACAGCUGGGGGACACGUUGAACCGCCAGUUCGAGGCCGUGUGCGAGACCAUGUUCGGGGAGGUGGAGUCCCAAGCUGUCGAGGCCUUGGAUCUUCCCGGCGUGUUUCGCACUCGCAGCCACAGCUACGUUCGCGCCAUCCAGGCCGGCUGCUCCCAGGAUGACGACUGCCUCUCCGUCUUCUCCAUGUCCGGCCCCCAGGGAAGCAUCAAGGGCGGGGCCGUCUGUCCCUUCUGUGCUCCUCCCCCACUCCCACCUCGCAUGUCAAAGUCUUCGCUCUCGGUGCGAGCCCAGAGCAGCACCGAGUCCACCCAGGAUGCCUACUACCAGAGUAGCGGACAGCUGGCCUCGAGCUCCGGCCCCGGGCGCCCCAAGCAGCACAGCAACUCCGUGGACCUGGGUAGCUCUGACGGGCCCUCAGGUCGCGCCUCCAGAGGCGGCUACUACACGGCCAGCGGCCCUGGACGUUCCAGACAGCACAGUAAUUCCGCAGAGAGCCUAGAUGGGGUCAGGGGGUCGAGGGAGCUGGUGCCCUAUGGAGGGGGUCCGGGCGUCGGGGUGAGGGCCAAGCACAGCAGCUCUGCUGACAGUCUCCUGGAGGGGCCGCCGAGGCCAGCCAGGGAGAGGGACGGCAGGGUCGGAGGCAGCCUGGGGAAGUCGGCGUCUCUGCCUCAGAAUAGUAUAGUGCUGAGUAAAGUAGGAGGGCAGGACGAAGGACGCGGCGGCAGAAAGUGGAGACCUUCCAUAGCUGUGCAGGUGGACAGUUCAGAGACGCUGUCAGAUUCAGAUGCGGAGGGCAAAGCUCUUACAGAGGUCCACUCGAUAGGAGUCCAAGUGGAAGAUGACAAGAGGCGCGCUCGUUUCAAGCGCUCCAACAGCGUGACGGCGAGCGUGCAGGCUGACCUGGACCCCGAGGGCUUCCCGGGGCUCAGCAUCGCCGUGCCAACGCAGGACAAGAGUCUCCAGUUCGGCUGCUCCUUCCAGAGGCAUUCAUCAGAGCCCGAGUCCGCCAGCCAGUACACGGAGUGUCACCGCACCGUCCACACGCAGGGGCAGUGGGCCUACAGAGAG